AUGGGCGCGCACGUGCUGCCGCCAGCCGCCCGUGGCGCACCAACCAUUAUCUGGGCUGGGUCUCUAUAUAUGCUUACACUUAUAGGUGCGGCGUGUGUAGAGCCGUUACAAUGGCCAGAAGUGAAGUCCGCGAUCAUAUCGAGUAUGGUAAUGGCGGCGGUGGUGCCGCGGCGCGUGGGCAGGCUGCGCGGGCGAGGCGCGCGUGUCAAA